AUGAGUAAGAGAGGUAAGGCACCUAAAGAUGUGGGUGCUGCUGAAAAUACCUCUCAAGAGGUUCCAUCGGGGCUUUUGUCAUCAAUUCUCUCCACGCUGAGUCUGACAUUUGAGCGGGACACUGGUACGUUAAAUGGAGAUCAUGUACGCUCUGUACCCGAUAGAAUUACACUAGGCGAGCUUCAGUCACUAUUAAAUAAAUUGAGAGUUUCCCUGGACUCAAUUGCAAAAAAUGACGAGCAUAUGAUUAGUAGUAUUGAGAAAGUUAAAACAGGUGCUGCAGAGGCUGCAGCUGCCAAAGAAGAACAAUCUGCCAAAGAAGAGGAACAAGAUGGUGAACUACCGCCUGUUCAAAGAAGGAAAAGGUCAUUGAUGGUUGAAAACGAUGAUGAAGAGGAGGAGCCGACAAAAAGUGCAGAGGGACAUGGAGUAGGCGAUAAAACGCUCUUAGGGUCGGCGGAACCAGAACCAAAGAAACAAAAGACUGAAAUGGAUAAGAUGGAUAAGAUGGAAAAUGAUCCUAGCGUAAGGAAUCCUAAAUCUGAAUUUGUUGUAUCACAGACCUUACCCAAGGCAGCGGCAUCGUUGGGACUUUUUAAUGAAGAAGGUUUAGAAAGUACAGGUGAAGAGUUUUUCAAACGUAAGUACCAAGUAGCAAGUUAUCCGACAGAUGAUCUUAAGGAGCUUCUACCUGGGGAAAUUCCGGAUCAAGAUUUUUCACAUCCAAAACCUACAAAUCAAAUUCAAUACUCGACCUUCCUGGCAUCUGUGGAAAAUUUCUUCAGAGAAUUUAGCGAUGAAGACUUGAAAUUUUUAAAAUCCAAGUACAUUAUACCUUUAAGUUUGGAGGUUAAUAAAUCCUAUGAUCCCGAACUUACGCCAUAUGUAAUCCCAAAACUAGGACCACUUUACAGCGAUGUUUGGUUAAAGGAAGAUGAUAACCAAAGUAUUUCUAGUGCAUCACCACCACCAAUUAAUGAUCCGUCAUCUAUCUUACCGAAGAAAAGUCCAUCAGAUAUCAAUGAUGCCAUGUUAGAGACCGAAGAAGUUUCUUGUGGACCACUGGUGUCUCGUCUUUUAUCUGCCAUACUUAAGGACGAAGGUGAUGGUGAAGACGAGAGUAAAAACUUAGUUAAGGAGGAGAAUACCAGCACAAGCGGUCAAUUUUCAUUGCCGCCUUCUAGAGACGAAGGUGAAAGUCGAGAAGGGACACCGAUGGGGAUGGCAAAUACGCCUGUAAGUGAAGCAGACGAUAAUAAUACUAACAAUACCAAUAACAACAGUGGUAAUAGUAAUAGACCUUUACAUGGUAGUACUACAGGUACGCUACCGAAUCCACAAUUGUGGAAAGUUAAUAGCAUUAAUCUGGAUUAUCCAACUUUUGAGGAAAGGUUGAAAAGAGAAUUGAAAUAUGUGGGAAUUUAUAUGAACAUGCCACGAGAUGAAGGUGGUAAUGGUGAUGAUCCAGAUUGGGUUACAGGCAGAGAAGAUGACGAGAUAAGCGCGGAAUUAAGGGAAUUACAAAAUUCAUUGAAACAAGUUACAAUGAGAAAUCAAAAGCGAAAAACAGCAUUGGUACCAUUGGUAGAAAGACAACUGGCAUGGCAGGAAUAUUCAUCUAUUUUGGAUGAUCUUGAUAAGCAAGUUGAUCAAGCAUAUAUCAAACGAAUUAGAGUGCCCAAAAAGAGAAAGAAGCAUCAUGGUGGGGGAUCUGCAGGUUCUGUAAACCAAGGCACAGCAUCACAGGUAGCGCAACAAAAAGCAGCCAAUUCAAGUUUGAAGGCUCUACUUGAUAAAAGGCAGAGAUGGAUUAAAAAAAUUGGGCCCUUAUUCGAUAGACCAGAAGUAAUGAAGAGGAUGCCGAAGGAAAGUGUUUUCAAGGAUCUGGAUCAAGAGGAAGAGGAAGAGGAAACAGAUGUUUUUGGGCAAAAUAGUAACGGCAAAGAAGAUGAUCUAGCAGAAGCAUAG